AUGGCUGAAGGCCAGAGAUCGGAUUUAUCGGGACAUAUUCAGGGUAAUGUAAAUUUAGACGAGGGCAAUGUAGUUGCACAAAGCAACGUGCAAGGUGGAGAUGAUAGUACAAUUACACGACCAUCGUUCAGUCCAUUGACAGCACUAGGUAAUGACAACAGUAGACAGAAUAAUUCAGGAGUUUUCGAGGUAAUGGAAGCGGCUGUUGGCGCUGCUCAGUCACAGAUGUUACAGAUUGCACGUAAUGAGUUUCGGAAGCUAAAUGGAGUGGAAUGGCCACAUGAAAUGCCACCAAAUGAGAACACCAAUUCAAACGGUAAUCCAAAUAAUAAUGAGAAUGCAAAUCGUAAUGUAGAUAGAGGUUUUAAUCAGGGCAGGAAUAAUGGAUUUAGUCGACCUUUAAUUAAUUCUCUCGUAAGAAAUAAACCUAACUAUCCAGAAUUAUUUAAGUGGGGAAUUAAGUACGAUGGUACAAGUAAAACUAUGUUGGUCGAAGAUUUUAUAUUCAGGGUUGAGAAAUUACAGAAAAGUUAUGACUGUCCAUGGGAAGUCAUUAUGGAUGGAUUUCAUCAUUUAUUGGAGGGUCAGGCAGCUAGAUGGUAUUGGGAUCAUAUUAGAGAUCGCCCAGGUAUUAAUUGGAAGAAUAUGAAAUUAGAUAUAGUGCUUAAAUUCCAGCAGAUUCAAACCAAUAUGGAUGUGCUUAGACGUAUGAUGGAUAGGUUUCAAAUGCGUGAUGAGAAAUCCAGUAAUUACAUUGACGCAAUUAUUAGUUUAAGGAAUCAGUUACGUGAACCUUUACCAGAUUAUCAGGUCGUAGAUAUAAUUAAAAGGAACUUGAAACCCAGAAUAGCUUCUCUUAUAUUUGCCACUCAGAUUUAUUCAAUAGAACACCUAAGAGUUGAAUGUCGUAAGGCCGAGGACCUAAUUGAACAUGAGUACCAACAAAGGUCUCGCCAAAAUGUUUCGAACCGUGCGGUGAAUGAACUUUCAUGGGAUGAUUUUAAUUUAAAUGAGGCUGUUGAAGAGAUUCGUUAUAGACAGUUUUCGAAGCCAAGCCCUAAGCCCAUAACAAACAAUGACUCCGUGAAGUGUUGGAAUUGUAACAUUAGUGGUCACACUUUUAAAGAAUGCACUUCGGCCCAGAGGUCUUUGUUUUGUUUUCGUUGUGGAACCCCUGGGGUAAUUACACCUCAAUGUAUUAAAUGUAAACAGGGAAACCGACACCCGAGCGCGAUGAGUGGUUCGACCCAAACCAUAGAUUAG